ACUUUUGACGGUCAAAAUUGAUGUCAUGCAAAAACGUCAAUAGUUUUCUGUGAAUGCAGUUUUGCAUGUUUUCAAUUUGUAUUUCUCAAGUCUUUCAUUCACAAAUAAUUUUGAAAGAGUGUCGAGUGCGAAAUAAUGUCGAAAAGCAAUAUUUUAUGAAACCCUCGCUUGCUUUCGCUUGUUAAAUAAACAUGUCUGCCGAACAAACUGACACUGCCACAGAAGGUGGAGGCGAAGAUAAAACAUCGACUAAGGAGUUGCCUCGACGAGAUUUAGAGGAAGAAUUCAACGUUCAAAGGGCGAAAAUGAAGGAACUAUUUUUACAGAAAGAAGAAGACAUGAGGAAAAUGCUUCAAGAUAAAGAACAUUUAGAGUCAGAGGUGCUAAGCUUGAGAGCUGAAUUACAGCAGUUGCAAACCCUCAGUGAAAAUCAGAAAUCUGAGAUUCAAAGCUUACAGCUGCUUGUUAAUGAAACUGUGGAGGCUUCCUCGUCUGGUACGGAGGAACUCCGCUGCCUGUCCAAACGGAACCUAGAGCUGGAGCAACAGAUUCGGCAAAUGCAGAUACAGCAACAACAGCAGGAGGUGUCCCUGGCGCCGGCCACGUUGGUGCGCACCCUGGCCCGGAAGCUAGGGGCUGAUGCUGAAGUGGAGCAGCCGAUGAGGAGGAACAUGGAGGACAACGAGCAGUCCAUCAUCGAGCCGCUGGAGCUGGAGAUAGCAGCGCUCAAGAACAAGCUGCGAGAGACCGACACGCAGCUGCAGGAGGCGCUCAAAACACUGGCUGCGAGCCCGCCUACUGGCGCCGCGAUGGAUGGCAAAACUGACGGAGAGGUCCACAAGCAGUGCGACAUGUGCGUGAACUACGAGAAGCAGCUGGUGGGCGAGCAGGCGCAGGCCGCGGCGGCGCGGGACCGGGCUACCGGCCUGGAGCAGGCCCUCGCACAGGCCACGGAGGAGCUGGAGGGCGUGCGCUCCCUGCACGACGAGACCGUGCGCGCCUGGCACGCCGCCCGCGCCGCCGCCGCCGCGCAGCUAGAGGAGCUGGGCGCGGCCGUGUCGGCAGCCCGGGGCGCCGUGGCCGCCCGCGCCGAGCAGGCCAGCGCCGCCGCCCAGCGCGCGCUGCACCACGUCACCCUGCUCACCGUGGACCGGGAGACGCUGCAGGGGAAACUGGACAGCUUAGAAAGAGACAACGCGACGCUGCUGGGCCGCUACCUGAAGAAAGCGGAGGAGAUGCAAAAUGAAAUUAUCGACCUGCCCGACGACGUGCAGGAGCUGCAGGAGCUGACCCUCCGCCUCCGCGAGCAGCUGAUCUCGUGCUGCCUGUCCCGCGAGCAGGCCGCCGCCGUGGAGCAGCAGCAGCGCCUCCAGCUGCUGCAGCAGUCCACCGCGCUCCAGCAGCACGAGGAGAGGGCGGCAGCACUGGCCGCGCAGCUGCACGCCGCUCAGGAGGAGCUGGACAAGCUGCAGACGGAGCGGUCCCAGAUGAACGAGCUGGCUGACAAGCUGCGGCACUCCAACGACAUGAUCGAGGGGCUGCUGGAGGACAAGAAGCGGCUGCAGUCGGAGGCGGCAGAGAUGCGCAGUCGCGUGGCGGCCCUGCAGCUGGAGCUGGACAACAGUGAGAAGGUGCAGCAGGACUUCGUCAGACUUUCGCAGUCUCUGCAGGUGCAGCUGCAGCGCAUCAGGGAGGCGGACACGGAGGUGCGGUGGCAGCACGAGGACGACGUGCACGAGUGCCCGUCGUGCCGCCAGCCGCUGCCCAGCAACAAGAAGAAGGUGCACUGCCGGCACUGCGGGCGCAUCUUCUGCGCGGCGUGCGUGAGUGCGCGCGUGCCCGCCGGCCCGCGCCGCCUGCCCGCGCGCGUGUGCUCCGUGUGCCGCACGCUGCUGCAGCCGCACGCCGCGCCCUACUUCUGCACGCAGCCGCCCUCCUCGCCGGACUAGACCCCCCCCCCGCCAUUACAGUUGUGCAACGAAACGGUCGCUAGGCAGCGGCUUGGCUCUGCCCCUGGCAUUGCUGAAGUCCAUGAGCGACGGUAACCACUCACCAUCAGGUGGUCCGUAUGCUCGUCUGCCUACAAGGGCAAUAAAAAAAAACCUUUAUCCAAAAUAAAUGUUAUUAAUACCUACUUCAUUACUACUAUUCAAACUUACCGCACCCUAAAUUGUGAAAUUGCAAAGAAAUCAAAAUAUUUCUAAUUAAAAAGUUUCAUGAACAACUGCUCUGGUUUUUUUGAAAUAAAUGAAAAGCUGUAAAUUUAGUGGUCCGUGGACCACAUACUGUUAUUUAUAUUAUGACGUAGAUAAAUCUACUUGUUAAAGUAAAUGUUUAUUAUAGUUGUGUAAAAAAUAAAUGAUUAAGUUUAAA